AUGACCAGCAACUGCAUCAACAUUGCGUCCGCUGCCCCUGCGCCCGUCGCUUCUGCCUCUGCUCCUUCGGAGCUCUUACAUCUGUAUUCCAAGCUUAAGAUGCGCAGAAAGCAUCUGGAUCACGGACGUAGAAGGAAAGAUCUCUCCGGUAUUAUGCACUUCUGGCCGGAUGUACCCGUGGACGACUUCACUCUCAAUCUUGAGGAGCCUGCUUCUGUCCACAGUUUGCCUAUUACCAGAUCGAACCAAGGGACCCCACGGCGGGCAUGGUUCUAA